CUUUUGUAUAUCCGGUGGCGUUUUGGUCUCGGCAUUCUCGCCAUUUUGGGUCACUCUUGUAAAUCAAAUUAUCUUGCGUAAGUUUUGGAAUUUAUUCAAAGAUGAGCUGAGAUUUGGCAGCGUCAAAAAUGGUAGACGCAGAGACACAGACAUAUACCUCUCUGUCAGAGGAUGCCCAUUAUAUGGUGCAGAAGGCCGUAGAAAAGGGAAAUGACAUCUUUUAUGUCAGUAAUAACCUGAAUACAAAAGAGACGACAUACUUUGGGACAGAUCUAGGCAAGAAAUUCCUGGAUAGUAAACGGGAGCUGCUGUUGGAGUUCUAUAAAUUCUGUGUUGAGACCUAUUCAUCAGAAACUGGUGUAGUUGCAGUAAUAACUACAGAGGGCUCAGAAGAGCCAACAACAUCCAAAAUACAAGAUGAAUCACAGGAAGAAGAGAUAUUUGAUGAUGAUCAAGAUGAAGAUUGGAAGGCUGAGAAGAAAACCUCUGGAACUCCGAGUAGAAUAAAACACAUACACAGGCGCACCCCAAAGGUAGAACAGGAAGAAAAGACUGGUGUCAAGUGUGAGAAAUGUUUCCAAAUCUUUAAGACGGAUGAGUAUCUAAAGCAGCACAUGCAAAUUCAUCAGCGAAUCAACUACCAUUGUCCAGAUUGUGACAGGCCCUUCAGCGUGAAGCGAUACAUUUACAACCAUAUGAAAACCAUGCACGGGAAGGAUUACAAUGCUUCUAUACAAAUCAAGAUGACUCCCUAUGAACCAUCAGACUGUCCAGAAUGUAAGGAGACAUUUCCUUCUACAGAGAUGUUGGAGAUACAUAUGGAUAGAGAACAUCACUCUGAUAAGCAGACAAAGUCUAAAACACCUAAAAUUGUCCCAUCUAGAACAUCCAAGAGGAUAAGAAAAGUAACUGAGAAGAUGAGGAACAGUCAAGAAACUUUAGAAAGGAAAGAAGAGAUUGAGAAGGAUGAGGAGGAAAAUGCACCAGGUGAGGUCAAUGAUACAGAUUCUCAGGAGUAUGCCUUUGUCUGUCGAGUCUGUCAGAAGGGAUUCAACCUUAGGCGAUCUAUAGGAGUUCACAUGAGAAAAUCACAUAAUAUGGCUUACCAUGAGGAGGACAAUGAGACAGAAAAAGAGGAAACUAAAGAGGAAACUGAACCAGUUCUCUCUACACCUGCCAGAGCCAAAAAUUUGCCAGAUGAUGCAGAAGAAGAUGUGAUUACCACAAGAUCAGGAAGAAAGUCUAAGAAAAGUAGCAAACUUCUGGAAAGUGAAAGUCCAAGCAAAGGGUCAGAAAGUCCCAGAAAAUCUAUUUCUGAAAAGUCUUCACUGAAAGGUACUCCAAAAGCAAUAACAAAAGAUACCAAAACAGCAUCAGAGCAGGAUGAUGGCAAGGAAAACCAAUCAGAUCAAAUGGAUGAUGGCGAAAAAGGGAUUGAAGAAGAUGCAGCUGAUAAAGAGAAUAUUGGAGAAGAAGAGAUGGAAGAAGAUGCUAUUGAAAAAAUGAAGGAAGAAGAGGAAGAAAUUCAUGAUUCUGAUGAGGAAUACAACCCCACAAUGGAGGAUGAAGAAGAAUUCAAGCCAAAACCUACCAGAAGCUCCACAAGAGGAAUGAGAAGUACUAGAGGCCUUAAGAGGAAGCCUGUCUUUGAUGAAGGUGUUGAGGUUAAUGGAGUCAUAUUGACCACUCCUGGCAGGAAAAAGAGAAAGGAUAGCAAUAUCAACAUUCCACAACAGAGAAUUACAAAUCAGAAUUUGCUAGAGGGUCGUUGUGAAGAGACAAUUGUUGACAAUAAGGUUUGGUACAAAUGCCUUCUAUGUAGCAAGACUAUGAGAAUGCGUACUGCAAUUAUCAAGCACUUGAAAACUCAUGAUGAAAUGCUUGAGGGUGCAUAUCAAUGCUACAUCUGCGAUGUUCGCUUCUCUACCAACUUCAAGCUUGGAAAUCACUUGAGAGACAUUCACAAAAAGUUGAAUGCCUUUGAAUGUGAGAAGUGUAAACUUAAGUUCAGUGGUCGCAAGGCAUUUAUAGAGCAUGAAGCAAUUUGUAAUGUUGAUCCAGAAAGUGUUGCCCCACAGCCACCAAGUGAAGAGGAAAUGAAAAUUCAGACAACAUGCAUAUUUUGCAAGGAACAAUUUCAGUCGAGGGAAGAGUUGCAAGAUCAUGAAAACUCUCAUGUGUCUGAGAAUGGAGCUUUUCUUUGUCCACACUGUGACUAUUCAUUUUUGGAAAAAAGCUUUUGUAAGCUCCACAUUUUAACCAUUCAUAGCCCAGAGGAGAACUUGGUCGAAGAGAAGGAUGUAAAUCCACUCCAAUGUCGUUUGUGUUUGAAAAUCCUAAACACCCAAGAGACAUAUGAUGCACACAUGAAGAUCCAUGAUGACGAAUCCUUGGUCUGCAAAAUUUGCAACAAACGCUUCAAUUACCCAUAUACGUUGAGGAAUCACCACAUGCUUCACCACUCAGAGGAGUAUGCUUUCAAGUGUCCUCACUGUCCACAGCAGUUCAAGUUGAAGCGGUACAUGACCAAGCACAUUAACGACAAACACGAAGAGGCAUCCAAGCCAAAGGAGAAAUCAGACAUGGAAACCUGUAAAAUUUGCGACACACCAUACGUCUCUAAAGUUGAACUCUUGGAGCACAUGAAGGAAAGUCAUGAGCAUAUCAUCAACACUCACCGUAAAGCUACAGAUGACCCAGAAAAGUUUGGCUGUGCCCGAUGCCACAAGGUGUACAACACUGUUGAUGAUUUCAUCAUCCAUGUGUCCAACCACAGACCCAAGAAGAAGCUGGUGUGUGAUUUUUGUGGAAACACCUUCAACACCAAGUCAAACCUCAACACCCAUGUGAGAUUGAAGCACAGCACAGUGCGUCCAUUUGAAUGCAACAUCUGUAAUAAAAAGUAUGCUUUGCGCACCCUUCUAAACCAGCAUGUCCGCUUCCAACACUGCAAUGAGAGACCUGUUUCCUGCAACAUCUGUGGGAAGGGAUUCCGAACCAAGAGUCAGCUCCAGAAACACAGCUACUCCCACCGGGAGAACACCAUUGAUUGUGAGGCAUGCGAACACAAGAGCUGGACAAUGGAGGGUUACAAGAUCCAUUUGGUGGCUACUCAUCCAGAGCUAGCAAUGGAGAAAAAGAUUCAUCACUAUACUUGUCAAUACUGUAAUCGUAAAUUUGCUGUGCUUCACCAGUACAAACGUCACUUGGCUAUCCACACAGGCCAAAAGCCUCACAAAUGUAAUCAUUGUGACUAUGCUUGUUCAAGUCUGGGAACAUUGAAUAGUCACAUCAAGAGAGUCCAUAACCCUUCCAGUCGAAUCUUCCAGUGCAACUUUUGCUUUAUGACCUUUGCUGAGGCUGGAAAAAUGUACCGGCACAUGGACACCACAAAGCACAUUGAGAACUGCCGUCGCAAUGGUGUGGACCCGCACACCAUUAGAGAGGAUGUUUCCUACCUCAUAAAGAGCAAAGAAAACACCACUUCUAGGCGGGGUUACAACAUGGGACAGUCCAUGAAGAAGAUGAGACCAACAGAGAUCAUUAUAGAAAAUGUUGAUCCGAUGGAACCUGAGGUUCAGGUAGAGGCAGUUGUGGAAGACCCAGGGGAGUAUUCUCAGGAAGAGCUGAAGAUUGAGGUACCCAUGGCAACCUCAGAGGAAGAGGUGACAGAAGUCAUUCAAGAGGUUCAGGAGGUGCAGGAAGAGGAGGUCCAGGAGGGAGAACAACAGAUUGAGAUCAACAGUGAGGUCCUGCAGCAGAUUUUGGAGGGAGCAGCACUUGGUGCAGGCCAGGACCAACUGCCACAAAACAUUGAGAUCAAAACACAGCUAGAUGAAGAUGGUAUGCAGUGCUUUGUGAUUCAGCUGCCUGAGAACUCUGAGUUUACUGUUGUGUAAUUAUAGACUUAAUAAUUUAUUCAUGGCAAACGAGUCUUUGAUAGUUGAUAUUUUUGUCAUUUGUUAAAGUUGAUGUGAAAACUUGUUAGCAGUGAUUUAUGCUACUUCUUUUCCUUUUGGCCUUUUUCUUUUAAAUUCAACAAGUACUUAGUAUGGUGAAUCAUAUAUAUUCAAAAGAACACACUUUUUUAUGUUUUAAU